AUGGAUACGGCGGUCAAAGAAUAUUCACAAUUGCUUUGGGAAGCAAGACCUCAAAUCCCUCAUCAUCACAAGGAAGAGUCAACACCAUCAUCGACGUCCUCGUCUUCAUCAGAUACUUUGGAUGAAAUAAAUCUAAUAUCAAUAAUUAACUCGGACGAAUUAUUCUCGCUAUCAGAAGAUUACAUAAUUUCAAUACUUCAAAGGGAGGAUUUAGACUUGCCAGAGAUUGAAAUAUGGUUAAAUCUAUUAAGCUGGGGUAUCUCAAAUACACCAAGGUUAAACGUGUAUAAUGACGACGAUAAUGAUGAAUGUUAUUAUCAUCAUUACGACAUGUCAAAAUGGAUGAAAGACGAUUUCAAAGAACUAAGGGAGACUUUGAAAAAUUGCAUUAAAUGGAUAAGAUUUUUUCAAAUCGGCCCACAAGAAUUCGCGAAAUAUGUUUUGCCAUUUAAGCGAAUCUUACCAAAAGAUAUUGUCAGUAAUUUUCUAAGGCAACAAAUUACCGGCCACAUGCCAAUUUUUUCUAUUAAUCUACCGCCAAGAAUCCCUUCAACUGAUAUCGAAUCAACUAUAAUAGCUGGAAGACAUGCAACUAUUAUAUCAAACUGGAUAAAAUCGCCAAAUGAUCCAACACUAGGCUACGAUGAUCGUGGUUAUAAUCCAUUAAAUAGUUGUUUUGAAAAUAUGAGAAGACGAUUAUCAACUUCGCAUUCAUAUUCAUCUUUACCAUCAACCAAAUCCAGAUCAUCGAAAAGAUUUUCCAUCAGUAGCUAUAAUACUAAUAAUAGUUGUCAUCCAGAAAAUAAUUCUAUAGUUAGUAGAAUUUUACCAGAAUUUGAAAAUAAAAGAUUCAAUCAUAAAAGGCAUCCAAACAAUGGAUUUUAUUUUGGUGCUGGUCCUGAUUUAUGGAUUAACAUUGACUGUAAAGAUAAAAUUGUCAAAAAUUCUCCCCUCUCUUACGAACAUCGAAUUUUAGAUUCUUCUGGAAUUUUUAUAUGGGAAGAUUUUGAAGUAUUUCAAGUUGUAAAAAAUUGA